GGUUACAGUUGAGCUGAAGCUGCCUCACGCACCGGAGCGCCGUGAGUUCUUCACACGCCUAAACAAAGAUAUACCGGCGUGGAAAUGUUGACGAGCGGAUUCAAAGCCACGGAUCAGGCUGUUGAGAGGAUCUAAAUUUCCCCUCAGCACUUUUUUUUUGGUAUUUUGUCUUCGUGCAGCGACAAAGGUGUGUGUGUGUGUGUGUAUAUAUACACUCACACAUACAUAUUUACGCACCGAGUUGGACGAGAGAAGCUGUCCUGCUGGGGCGCACUGAGAGCCGCGAGGGAUAUUUACAAUAGAAGGGAAGAAUAGCAGCAGCAACAGCAGGAGGUGGAGGUGGAGUGAAAGAUUACACUGGAAUGAAGUGGACCUCGAGAUUCCCAGCGUGCUGCGGAGUUGUGACUGAUGGAUGGAUGUGGUCAUGUGUAGGGUAGAAACAGCGACAGGUACAGACGCAGCAGCAGCAGCAGUAGCAGCAGCAGCAGCAGCAGCGGGGGAGCUGUGACAAAGACGCUUCAGCCGCAUCAGCAUCCACCACAUCGCUUCUCCAAAAGAACACUGUAUGACUGGUUAGAUCUGUUUUGCCACAAACACCAACCAGAUCGUAUCGUCGAGAGACGCAGCAGCAGCAGCAGCAGCAGCAGCCACAGGUCAACCAGGACACUCCGGGGCUGAUUGUCCCUCACAUCACACUCCACAGACCACGCUGCUGCUUUGGAGCAUUUUAUGAAGAAGUCGCACAGAAGGACAUGUAUCUGACAUCGACCUCACAUGCUCCCGACUGAUCGUUUCUCACCUUCCCACCGGGCGAACCACAGAUAAAGGCAGCCACGCGCACCGUCCGACUCUCGCUCAGAGUUCUCGGCUCACUGUCUGUACAAUUUAGCAGAAUGGCGGGACCCGCUUGUUGGAAGUAUUACCUCUGGAUCUUUAUUUUAAUCUGCAGGUCCGCGUUGCCUUCUGCGAAAACGAUGGAGACUAUAAUUUGGAGCUCACAGAAUCCCAAGUUUCUGGUCGGAAAAGGCCUGGUGAUCUACCCAGACAUUGGGGACAAGUUGGACAUCAUCUGUCCCAAAGCAGACCAGGGCAGAGACUAUGAGUUCUACAAGCUGUACCUGGUAAAGAGGGAGCAGGCGGAGAGCUGCAGUACAGUCCUCGAUCCAAAUGUCCUGGUCAACUGCAACAAGCCCGAAAAGGACAUCAAGUUCACCAUCAAAUUCCAGGAGUUCAGCCCCAACUACAUGGGCCUGGAGUUCAAGAGGAACGUAAACUACUACAUCACCUCAACCUCCAAUGGCACAGUUGAGGGCCUGGAGAACCGAGAGGGAGGCGCUUGCAAGAGCCGAGCCAUGAAAGUCAUCAUGAAAGUCGGACAAGUUCCAAACGCGGUGAACCCUGUGGCGCCGGAGGCUCCAGAAGACAACGCCAUACCAGAGUCCAGUCCAAGUCCGCCUGACCAAGGUCGCGUUGGGCCUGAGAUGCCAGGAAAUCCUGACCACAUGAAUCAGGACCCGGGUUCCUCGUCUAACACAGACAGCAUCUUCGGAUCCAGAGUGGCCGUGUUCUCCGCCAUUGUGGCGGGCUGCAUCAUCUUCCUCCUGCUCAUCCUACUCCUCAUCAUCCUGCUCAUCAAGAUGCGCAAGCGCACCAGGAAAAAUACCCACUCUCAGCCCCGCCCCUCGGCACUGUCGCUCAGCACGCUGUCCAAUCCCAAGAUGCCCGGGGGCACAGCUGGCACUGAGCCCAGUGACAUCAUCAUUCCGCUGCGGACAGAGAACAACUACUGCCCUCACUAUGAGAAGGUGAGCGGCGACUAUGGCCACCCCGUCUACAUUGUCCAGGAGAUGCCGCCGCAGAGCCCCGCCAACAUCUACUACAAAGUCUGACAUGCUCCGCACAGCCAGCGACACAGCCAGGAGAGAGAGAGAGAGAGAGAGAGAGAAAGGGGGAGCGCUUGAUUUAUGUUCCUGGGAAGAACACCUUCCUUUGCAUUCUGGGGACUUGAUGUUUCUUCAAGCCCCUGUUAUUUCUACCACCUGCUGCACAAAUCUGGAGAGACAUGCACUGACCAGUAACCAGCGGGGUUGUGAGCUGACUGAUGAGAGGUUUAUUUUGUUUGUUUGGGUUGUCUGAAAUAACCAAUCCCCCCCCCCCCCUCCUUCACCCUCACAUCCCAACUUCUACGUCUCCCCGCUGGGCGCCAACAGGGGGGCAGGGCUGUAGCAAACCAACAGAUGGAACUUUAGCUUCCUGGUUUGCUGUCCCCUUUAAUGGGCAGGAUAUAACUUAUCUCAGUCCCCUGAAGUACAGUCUGUGCUACACCCAAUUAAACACACCACCCUAGCACACCAGCCAGGAACAGGCUGACACAGGCCCCGACCGCCACUCAGCCUGCAGUUUAUGUGUGUGUGUGUGUGUCAGCGUGCAUGUGUGUGUAUUAGUCAGGGCUCUGUGCUGGACCAGGAAACUCUCCAGAUAGCUCAGGUAUCAGACACAGUGUGUGAAACGAUGUGUUCCUCUCCCUUCGCACCUCUGAUGUUUGCCUUACUUAACUAUUUUUGAUGGAGGAUCUCCUCAAACCCUGAGUCAGUUCACAAAGCAGUUGUAUUUUGUUAGACUUUUCCUACAAGUGCACAAUGUAUAGAGUUGAAUAGAUCAUCAUUAUUACCCUCAUCCUUUCACUACCAAUGUCAUCCAUUGCAGUCAUUUCCCCCCCCACGAAAAGAAUUAGCUGGACUGCUGAUGUCGAGGUGUGUCUGUUCAUGUUCAUGUGUGUGUGUGUGUUUUUAUUGUAAUACUCCCUCCUCCACUAGUCCGAUGUGAGUUUUGCCAUUACUCUGGUAUUUAUGACUUGUGUCCUUUGAAUGAGUGAGUGAGUGAGUGUGUGUGUGUGCGCGUGUUUGUUCGGACAUGUCUAGACCAGUCUAGUAUCCAGGCAGACUUGUUGGCUUAGGGGUAGAACAGUGAGUUACUGUGUCAUGUGCUUCAAAAAGAAGACAGACCAGGCUGCCUGACUUUCCUGAAGACAUGCCCAAGAUCUAACUGGUUUUAUUGAGUCUGAUUAGUUUUUUCAGGGGAGAAUGAUUUUCCGUACGCUGGCAGGCAUGUUGAUAUUUGUUUGUUCUAGCUUCUGGUGCUACGGUGUAAGAAUCAAACAGUUAGUAUGUGCCUGCUGCCUGAGCCUGGGUGCUCAGUGCUCACUGCCUGGCCUACAUAGGUAGGAUGCCCUAUAUAUAAGUUGGAGAGCACGCUACGGCUGAAGAUUGGGAUACAUUACUGUCAGAUGCCAAUUGGCUGCCAUCUGUACAUGAGUCAGUGGAGUGUGCAGUCAGCGGUGUCGCCAGCGUGUGACUAAUCUGUGUGCCAUCUCCAUGCCCACACUCACCAGCCGGGGAGGAGAGUGAGUGAGAGGAGAGCAUGAGAGAGAGCGGCAGAUGAAGGAGAAAAUGUUCUUGUGACUUGGCUUUAACCUGAGAGCAAGAUGGCGGUGGGUACUGGGUGGAGGGGGUUUGGCAGGGAGGA